AUGUCUUAUCGACCUUUAAAAAGGAUUCAAGAAAGGAAUUUAAUCAACGAUAUUCAGAAACAAGAAAUAAUAAAUGUCAGGAAUGGUACUAUCCGAAGCGUAGCAACCCUACAUGGUGUUGAAGAUUUAAAUGCAAAUAAUAUUAGCGAAUCCAUUAUAAACAAUUUAGAUAAUUCGAUAAAAGAAUUAUCAAAAUGGAUUUCAAACAAUUUCGAAUUGGAAGAAACCGAAAUAAAUAUUGAGGAAAUAAAUCUUGAAGAAGAAACCGAAAUAAAUAUUGAGGAAAUAAAUCUUGAAGAAACCAAAAUAAAUAUUGAGGAAAUAAAUCAUGAAGAAGAAAUAAAUACAGAGGAAAUAAAUCAUGAAGAAGAAGAAAUAAAUACAGAGGAAAUAAAUCAUGAAGAAGAAGAAACAAAUAUUGAAGAUGAAAAUGAAGAUAAUAAUUAUAUAGCAGCACAUAAAAGAAAUAAAUGUCGUUCCAGUAAUAAUUUAAUUCCAAGCUUAUCAUUUCAACAAUUGGUAAAACAAAUUACUCAAGACAUUAGAACUGAUAUACGUUUACAGCCAAGUGCGAUUAGCUCUUUACAAGAACUAAACGAGUCACUAUACAGCUAG